AUGUACCAUGUCCUUUGGGAAUGUCGAAAAGCGAAGGAGGCAAGGGAGUGCUCCAAGAUGGUGUUUCCAGCAUCGAGUGGUUCAUCCUUGUCUUUCUUAGACGUAAUGUGGAAGCUGUUAAUGCAGGAGGAUGUGGGUGAGGAGCACGUGGCUCAGGUUGCCACGACGGCAUGGGCAUUAUGGCAUAACCGUAAUGAGGUCAGGUGCGGCAGAGCAAGUAAGACGGGGAGGCAGAUCUUCAGUUGGGCGUCGGAGUAUCUUAGGGAGUACAGAGCGGCGAUUCUUCAUGACCGGCCAGUUGUUUCGGCGCCUCAGCAGAGUGUUAGGUGGAUUCCUCCACGGGAUGGUCUCUUCAAGAUCAACGUUGACGGAGCAGUUUUCUUGAAGCAGAAAGUAGUGGGUGUUGGGGUAGUAAUCCAUGACAGUGAGGGUAGGCUUGAAGCAGCUCUAAGCAAGAAGAUUCUGUUACCAUUAGGCACAGCAAAGGUAGAAGCCAAAGCGUUCGAGGUAGGCCUGCUCUUUGCAAAGGACGUUGGUGUUUGGGAUGUCGUCCUGGAAGAGUCACUAGAAGACCCUUGCAACUACAUCAAGUAUUCAUGGAAUUUCAGCAACAACAUAGAAGGUUUCAUCUGUAAAUUUGUUGGGCUCAAAUGCUGGCACUCUGAUGAAAGCAGGGUACUAAAUAUCCGGCUGUUGAACAUAGGGCUAAAGGGCCACUUUCCUCCGGAAAUCGGGAAUUGCACAUCGUUGACGGGUCUGGACUUGUCAGGUAAUGACCCUACAGGCACCAUACCAUCUGACUUAUCUAUGUUGCUCAGGUACGUGAACACCCUUGAUCUCUCAUCCAACAAUUUUGCUGGUGAAAUCCCUAAGAGCAUAGUGAAUUGCACCUAUCUAAGUGUCCUUCGACUUGACAACAACCAGCUAACGGGAUCUAUCCCUCCAGAAAUUAACCAGCUUCGGAGACUCUGCACGUUUAGUGUUGCUAACAAUCUCUUAUCAGGGCCGGUGCCUGUGUUUUCCGAUCUUACCAUUCUUGUAGAGAGCGAUGCAAUUAUUCUGGGACAUUGUACCAUUCCUGCAGAGAGCUAUGCAAAUAAUUUGGGACUUUGUGGGGCUCCGUUGGAACCUUGCAAACCUUCUCCUAAGAAGUUUAUUGUUCUAUGCAAAGAAGGAUUUGUGGUAGGCUGGAUUGUCGCUAUGGUCAUUUCACAGAUGGAGAGAAUGGUUACUAGAAUGAGCUUUAUAGAAAUUAGUGAGGCAACUGGCAAUUUCAACAAAAACAAUGUCAUUGGAAUGGGGAAGAUUGGGAUGAUGUACAAGGCAGUGCUUCCAAAUUGCUGGCCUCUUGUAGUUAAGAGGUUAAAUAAUUGUCAAUCUUAUGAAACACAAUUUCUAUUUGAGCUAUCAGCUAUGGGUAUAUUGAGACACGAUAACUUGGCUCCCCUCUUGGGAUACUGCAGUGAACAGAACAAGAAACUUUUAGUGUACAAAUAUAUAUUGCAUGGCAACCUUUAUGAUUGGCUACAUGUAGGAGAAGGAGAACUCAAAGACAAGAUCUUGGAAUGGUCUUUGAGGACUAAAAUUGCGAUUGGGAUGGCAAGAGGCCUAGCAUGGCUUCACCAUAAGUAUGAUUUCUGA